AAAAUCUAUAUUUAGUAUCUAUAUUUAAUGUUAUUAUUCAUUGUUUCUAUUAUUGGAAUAUUUUAAAGUCUAUAAUUUGAAUUUAAUGUAAUAUAAAAAUAAUACAAUUAUGUGGUGGGGAUUCAGUCCUGCAUUAGAUAUACAGUUUGAAAUUAAUAAACAUGAAACUAAUUAUCAAGGUAAAUGUCUUGAAGUAUUAAUUGUAGGGGCUAGUGAUGCAAGACAUAUUUUGAAAACAUUAGCAUCAUCUUAUUUAUACAAUGAUCGCAUUAUCAUAUAUAAUGUAAUUGAAUCAACAUUAGAACAAGUGGCUAGAUCUAUUCUUUUAUUAAAUAUUUGUUUAGAAACAAAUCUAGGAUUACAAGAGGCAACUCGAUAUUAUUUAGAAAUAUUUGGAAAUACACUAAUAAGACCUGCAACAGCCAAAUAUUUAAUAAAGUCCUCUAAUCAAUUAUCAAAUAUACCAAUAAAUACAAUAAAUUGUCCUUGGUUAAAUUUGGAACAAUUUAAGCAUAAAGAUAGAGAUCAUUUAGAAGCAAUUUUUAAAUUUUGGGAACGUGCAACAUGCGAAAAUAUUCCUAUUGUUGAAUAUUGGGAUCAGAGAAUUAGAAGAUCUUUGAAAACAAGAUAUGAUUAUCGAGAAGGUGUUUUUGAUUGGGAUUAUCAUAUGAUUUUAAAAUCUAGAGGUAUUUCUAACUUAACAUUACAGGAAUAUAGAUUCUGGAGAAAUAAUGGAAUUGCAUUUACUUGGUUAGAAGGUGAACCUGUUAGAAGUAAUCCAACAUUAUUAAGCAAUAUAAUACAAUAUGGACCUGGAUUUAUACAUUACACUUACUUAGGAGACAUUACAAAUGGUCCUUUCUUCACUUGGAUCUUAGAAGAAAAGAAAGAUACUCACAUGAAUAGAGCAACUGAUAUAGCUGAACGAGAAAUUAUGAGAUCUAUAUAUGAAAUCAGAAAUCAAGAAUCAAUAUGUGAAGAAUUUAUUGCAUCACAUAGAGAUCCAUCUAUAUUAAAUGGUACAUUAGUAAUUGAAACUCCUAAUAAAGAAAUGGAACAAGAAUCAUGGGAAAUAGGAAGAAAUAAAUAUAAAAAGAAUAAUAUAUCUUGGAUAAAUAUUGAAAAUCAUAAAAUAAUUUUUCACCCCAUUACAUUUUUACAAACUUCUAAGCAUAAAACAAAAUAUGUUAAUAGAUUUGAUUUCAUUUGGGUAGCUCAUAAUAUGGUGAAACAAUUGCCCAAUCUUGUACCAUUACUUAAAAAAAAAGGAAUCAUGUUAGUGGAAUUGCAAAAGUACUUAGUAGAAUUACGAAAUGAACAUUUACAAAAUUUUGUGAACGAAUUAAAAAGUAUGGCGCAACAAAAUGGAUUACAUGAAAUUAAUGAUAUAAGUGCUAAAGAACAUUAUGUUGCUAAAUUUUAUAAAUAAACAAUAAUUUAAGUUA